GCCCCAACCAGCCAGCAGACAGACAGAAAACCAAAAAAAAAAAAGAAAGAAAAAUCUUCUGCUCCCCGCAACGAGCAGCCAGCAGCAACGGUUGGCGAGGCGAUUGACCAACCGUGCAUCACAUCAUCCGCCUCACGGGCGUUGCCGCAAUUUCCCUGACCACCAGAAAACUAGCCCUUCCCUCUCCUUUACCCUUGCAUCGUCAAGGCCACACCAAAGCAGGGGCACACAGGCCGUGAGCACACGUCCCCGAGGCUUCCUGCAGCAACACGCACCGGGCGCUCCCACUCUCUGGCCCUUUCGCCACAACCACCACCACCACCACCACCAACAGCACCAACCAAACACCAGCACCAACAGCAGCACCAGCAGCGAGCCAUGGAGCUUCGCGUGGGUACCAAGUACCGCAUUGGCCGCAAGAUUGGCUUUGGCUCCUUUGGUGACAUCUACAUUGGCACAGACAUCACUACGGGCGAGGAGGUGGCCAUCAAGCUCGAGAACGUCUCCACCCCGCACCCGCAGCUCCAGUACGAGUCAAAACUCUACAAGAUCCUCCAGGGCGGCGAGGGCAUCCCGCAGCUCAAGUGGUAUGGCGUGGAGGGCGACUACAAUGUCAUGGUGAUGGAGCUGCUUGGGCCGAGCCUCGAGGACCUGUUCAACUUCUGCAACAGAAAGUUCUCCGUCAAAACCGUAUUGAUGCUCGCCGACCAAAUGAUCAAUCGCAUUGAGUACGUCCACAACCGCAACUUCAUCCAUCGUGAUAUCAAACCCGACAACUUCAUGAUGGGCCUCGCCAGGAGGGGUAACCUGGUGUAUCUGAUUGACUUUGGCCUGGCCAAGCGCUACCGCGACUCGCGUACGCAUGCGCACAUCCCCUACCGCGAGAACAAGAACCUCACCGGCACCGCCCGCUACGCCAGCAUCAACACCCACCUCGGCAUUGAGCAAAGUCGACGCGACGACCUGGAGUCGCUUGGCUAUGUCCUCAUGUACUUCAACCGCGGCAGCCUCCCCUGGCAGGGACUCAAGGUCAGCGCCGUGUUUGACGACAAGCCCAACUACUCGUACCUGCGCCAGCUCUUCCGCAACCUCUUCCACCGCGAGGGCUACAUCCACGACUACAUCUUCGACUGGACCAUCCAGAUCAAGGAGCAGCGCUCGCGCCACGGGGACGAGGCCAAGUCUGGCAAGUCUGGGCACCGCCACCGGGAGCGCCGGGCGUCGGCGGAGCAGCCCGUGCAGAAGCGCUCGUCGUUUGCACAGCACGACCGCCGCCGCGACAGGCCCUACGACGCAGACCCAAGGGUUGCACCCGGGUAUGCGCGCAACACGCCUGCAUCUGCGAUGCCCGGUGAUCGCCGCAGGGGCGACCGCAAGCACGGCAACUUCUGAUCCACCAACACCCAUCGCAGCUGUUUUGUCGGUGCACUUUGUUGUCGUCGUGUGUCUUCGCUCCCCUCCCUCCCCCCUCUUCCCGACUUGCCCUAUCCUUCUUUCCCCUCUUUUGAUCUCUGCAUGACAUGAUAAUGUGUAUCUGCUGCUCUUUGCCCGCCACCUCCCAUGUCUUUCCUGUCCUGUCUUUUCCAUCCCACCCUUCCCUUUCCUUUGCAUGUGUGUCUGUGUCUGUGUCUGUGUGUCUGUUGCUGCCUUCUCUUCGUUCUUGUCUAGGUCUCUCUGUGCAUGAUGCCAUGUGUGUCACGUUGCUGUGUACGUGGAUUGUUGCGUUGCGUGUGUCUGUCUGUCUGUCUGCCCUGCUUGCCUGCGUGCUUGCUUGCGUGUUUGUUUGGUGGAGCCAAGGAAAAAGAAAAGAACGAACGAACAA